CUCGGCAAUAAAAACAAUGUUAAGCACGUGCUUUGCUCCUCCUCCUCCUGCUCGGUGACUGAACUGUGUGAUUAGGGUUGGACAUGACUAUUGCAAACAAGAUAGCGUGGGUUGCGCCCAGGUGCGGAGUUCAGAAACAAGUCCUUGUAAUAAGUGGACAAAUUUGCUUGGAAAAUCUUAAUGAGUCAGGCAGCUUUCACCCAUCUCUCUGCCCUGCUAGAGUCGGGUAUUUUUGUUGGUUUGGUUUUUUGGGUUUAUUUUCCUUUCUGGUAAGAGCUUAGCUUCUAAAGCAAAGUUGGUUAAAGCAGCAGUUUGAAAAACAAUGAUACGUGUGUGUCCUGAGUGUGCCAGAGAGAGUUAAAAGCAAGAUUGAUGGUUCAUGCAUUGCUAAGAAGAGAUAAGCAGUCAUUCCUUGAAAAGUAGGUUUUACUCAUACAGUAAUUUGCUAGUAUGGAAUUUUGCAUCCAUGUCUUCCUUAUUGAAAAGUUGGCCUUGGGUUUCAAGUGGUGAGAUCUUUAAAUUACUGGACACGUAAAGCAAAGUGAACUUCUGAUUGCAUUGCCUGUUCUUAUGUUAAAUAUCCAGAAAGGUUUACUCUCUUAAGUGGCCUUUUAAAAGUAAAUAUAUUUUCGGAUAGCUCUGUAAAGUUCUGCAGGCAAAUAUGCAUUCUUUAAAUUGCAUAUUUGUUUUAUUGUUGGUAUGUGAAGAGGUUGAAAGCAGUUAGAUUUAAUAAAAACUAUUCUGAUACUUUAAGUUCUGAAAUGAGAACCCAAAAAUUAGAUGAACAAAUUGGUCAAAAAUUAGAUGACAAAACAGUCGCGCAGUUCUUAAAAUAAUAUUUUUUAGUUUUGAGCUUAGGCACUUUUUUCCUUUGGAAAAAAGUGAUGUUUGGAAAAAGUUUGCCAAGGAAAUACUUUUGAAAGAUUUCAAAAAUCUUAGUCUUUACGUCUUUAAUUACAAGAUGUCAGUAACAAAAUAAGUUGUCUGGAAAGAUGUGUUUUUUCCCCAUCCCUUGCUUUAAGUCAUAGCAUUUAGAACACGUAACUUCUUGUUUUCUUGGAAGAAGAAAACAUCAGUAUACCUCUAAGUGAUGGCUGUGUUGUCUUUUUGGUUUUUAAGUUGGCUGUUUACAAAAAUGUGGGACCGUAUCCCACAACUUCCAUGAGUGUGUGUUGGUCUGUAACCAGCACAUAUUAACUACUUAGAGCUCAUCCCAGUUAGCUCAGAAGUGCACACUGAGAGCUGUCAAUGACCUGCCCCACUCCUAUCAACACAUCCCAGAGGCCUUCUUUCCAGAAGAAAAAUGAACACAGUUUUGUCAGUGGCAGCUCCCUCCUGGUCUUCUCUGAAAGAGAGACAAAAAAGAGGAAAAAAACCCCAAACCCUACCUUAAUGCAGUGGUAAAAGUAGCCUGCCUAACUGGAACAUUUAUGCAGAUUACUGCCUUGCUAGCAAAAGACGAGGCAGGAUCUCUGUAAAGGAGGACUUGGAGUCUCACAGUACCUUCUGUAGCUUUUUACAGAUGGAUUUGGAAAGACUCGGACAUCAAACAGGCAAGCCUGAAUUUGGCAAGAAUGAAACGAGGAAGGAAAACUAAUGAGGCCAACAGCAGUUCAUCUGAAGACACGACUGAGAAGGAAUCCAAGAGACACAAGAUUGCAGAGAAGAAAACCACAGCUGUGCAGAGUCCUGACUGGGCAAACCUGCUCCAAGACAUUAUCCUGCAGGUGUUCCAGUACCUGCCACUUCUGGAUCGUGCUCAUGCAUCCCAGGUCUGCAGGAGCUGGAACCAAGUGUUUCAUAUGCCUGAUCUCUGGAGGUGCUUUGAGUUUGAGCUGAAUCAACCAGCCACAUCAAACCUGAGGACUACACACCCCGAACUAAUCAAGCAAAUAAUAAAGAGGCAUUCCAAUCACCUGCAGUAUGUUAGCUUCAAGGUGGACAGUAGCAAGGAAUCUGCAGAAGCAGCUUGUGAUAUUUUAUCACAGCUUGUGAAUUGCUCUCUGAAAACACUUGGGCUAAUUUCAACUGCCCGGCCAAGCUUCAUGGAUUUACCAAAGUCUCACUUUAUUUCUGCACUGACAGUGGUGUUUGUGAACUCCAAAUCCCUCUCUUCACUUAAGAUUGAUGACACACCCGUAGAUGAUCCGUCUCUCAAGGUUCUGGUGGCUAAUAACAGCGACACACUCAAACUGUUGAAAAUGAGCAGCUGUCCUCAUGUUUCUCCAGCUGGUAUCCUUUGUGUGGCUGACCAGUGCCACGGCUUGCGUGAGCUGGCGCUGAACUACCACCUGCUGAGUGAUGAGCUGCUGCUUGCUCUGUCUUCGGAGAAACACGUCCGGUUAGAACACUUGCGCAUUGAUGUGGUCAGUGAAAAUCCCGGACAGACUCAGUUCCACACGAUUCAGAAGAGCAGCUGGGACGCUUUCAUCAAGCAUUCUCCCAAAGUAAAUUUAGUCAUGUACUUUUUCUUGUAUGAGGAGGAGUUUGACCCGUUCUUUCGUUACGAGAUACCCGUCACUCACCUGUACUUCGGAAGGUCGGUCAGCAAGGACGUGCUCGGCCGCGUUGGGAUGACGUGCCCGCGGUUGGUUGAACUGGUGGUGUGUGCCAAUGGAUUGCGGCCGCUGGACGAGGAGCUGAUCUGCAUCGCCGAGCGGUGCAAGUACCUGUCGGCCGUGGGCCUCGGAGAAUGUGAAGUCUCUUGCAGUGCCUUUGUGGAGUUCGUGAAGAUGUGUGGCGGGCGCCUCUCUCAGCUCUCUAUUAUGGAGGAAGUGCUGAUUCCUGAUCAGAAAUACAGCUUAGAGCAGAUUCAUUGGGAGGUUUCAAAGCAUCUUGGUAGAGUCUGGUUCCCAGACAUGAUGCCCACUUGGUAAAGUCCUUAAAAGACUCCAGGGCGAAUGGAGUAGCACCUUAAAACCAAGCUUACCAUAUUGCAAUUUCCUGUAUAAGCUUAUUUAAUAAUAUAGAUUUUGCUGCGAGUUAAUUAAUGGUUUGAUUAGAAAAUUAAUUUUUCUUUCAAAAAUUGUUUUGGAACUUGAGAACCAAAAGAGUUCACAGCUCCAAAACCUGUUUUCAUCCAAACAAAAUUCAGGUUUCUGUUUUAUAUUUAGUCUUUGUCAUUAAAGGUGACCUUAAAUAUUUUUGGAAAUAAAAAUUAUUAAAAAUAUUGAAAUGCACUUGCAAAAGACCAGUUUUAAUAUGGUGUUUAUCUUUGAUUUAGAUUCGUAGUAUUGGACACAAUCAUAUUUGAUCUUAAAAAGCCAAGCGAAACCCCACCAAAAUUGCAUGUUUUGUUGCAGACUGUAGCAUUUCUAAAUCCAGUCACCUCGAUGACAAGAUGACGAUUACGAGGAGUGUUGAGUAGCCUGUGAAAUACACACAUUCUGUUAAGUCAUAAAGGCAAGAGCAAUACACAAUAAUAAGUUUAGACAACUAAAAGAGUAAGUUUACCACCUUAUUCAACAGAUUGUUAGAUCCAUCUAAAAUGUAUUUAGAGCGCUAACAACCAGUAGUGUGAGCUACCAAAAGCGGUGUGGGGUUUUUUCCACGCUCUAUGCAUUUUAAUGUAGUUUGCUUGUGGGGUCUCAGAUCUGCGACUAAACCUGUUUUAAGGUAUUUUAUGUCUAGCUCAGGAAGCGAAAGCAUUCUGGGGAAAAAUGUAGAUACAUUGUAUUUAAAACCACACUGGAAUUAAUGAGCUUUUGUUGCACAUUAACCAGUUUGGCAGCAUACAGUGAGAUGGAAUAAUGUAUGGUUUGUGAAAUGAACCCAGCAAUGUUAUUCUGAUGACGUGGGUGUGAGCAGUGUGAGGUGAAAAAGGUAAAAUUUGAAUGUUGACCAAGAACCUUUUCACAAAACCUUAGACCUUUUGGCUGCUUUCAGUUUGACAGAAACGACAUUGGAACAGUUGCUUAAGCUGUAUAAACUAACUGUAUACUGUAAAUCUGUUUCAGAAAUGUUUAUGUAUAAAGUGGAUGUUUAAUAGAUGAUAAUUUUUGUAUACCUUUAAUUCAGCUAGUUCUGUCAUUUCAUAAUAUUUAACAAUUCAAAAGGAGUAGACUUGGUGAAGUAGAGCAGUAGGCAAAAAUUUGUUUUGAACAUUUGAUAAAUCAGUUUUAUUACAGAAAGUUUUUAGUUUGUAAGUGGUGUAGGCAAGACACUGCCUGUGAUCUGGAUGUGGCUUGUGACUUAAUUUCUUACUGCCAACAGUUAUUUUCUCUUGGAGGUUGCUGAUGGUAACACUGAAGUGUUGCCCGGACAGCUGCAUGUUUGAGAGAUGUGUCAGCCCUCAGCAAGGCAGAGCUGCCCCCACGGGCUGGGUUGAGCUUAGCUGGUGGCUGCUUCUCACUUGAGCUGAACAGCUCCCUCUGGUAAUAAGUAGAUUUCCUUCAUCUCUGAUUUCAGUCAUGUUUAUCCGAAUGUAUAAUUUAAUGUAAUACACUUAUGAGUGUAUUUAAGUUCAUAAUUACAUUUUGAGCAAACAGUGCUCAGCGGACUGGACAUCUUUAUAGGGAGUUGUAUGUUUCUGUAGAGCUUUGAUUUAAAAAUUGCAUUUUAUGAAAUACGCGUUUUUUUGUAUUAGAAUUUGUUAAAUUAAUGUAAUACUAUAAUUUGCUUUUAUUUGUACAAAAGGUGUCAAUAUAUUUAGUCUGUAAAAGUAAAAAA